CGGAUGCAAACCGGCGUCCCCGUUAUAACGCGCCUCCAGUGCGAAUGGAUUCCAACUGGAUUUCUGCGAUCGAGAAGACGCACGGUUGAUGAUGCAGUGAUGAUCGGUACUGCCCAGCAAGACUGGUCGUUAUAGCGAGGAGAGAACCCCCACCUCAUGACUGUCACAUCCGGGGAACAGAUCCAAGAUGGCGCUCAGUCCUCCAACGAUACUGAUCAUCGCACAAGCUGUCGUCAUUGCAGCGUUCCUGCGGGUGUACUUCUUCCCCGACGAGGAUAGCGGCCUCGACUUCGGUGGUCCUUCAGCCAGAAUCACAGCCUACAUCAACGACUCAUACGACUACAUCAUUGUGGGAGCAGGGACUGCUGGUUCCGUCUUAGCCAAUCGUUUAUCCGAGAAGAGUCACGUGACGGUACUAGUUCUGGAGGCGGGUCCGUCAGAUCAGAACAGCCCGAUACUGGACAUCCCAAUAGCUGCCUCGUAUCAAGUCAGGAAGUCUGACGUCACCUGGAACUAUCUCACUGAGACACAGAGACAUUCCUGCAAGGCCCUGGAGGAUCAGAGAGGUCGUUUGGUAUCGGGAAAGGUUCUUGGUGGAACCAGCCAGGUGAACAACAUGGUGUAUGCCAGAGGUCAUCGCCAUGACUACGACAGCUGGGCAGCCAAUGGGUGUUCAGGGUGGAGCUACAAAGAUGUCCUGCCGUAUUUCAAGAAGUCAGAGACUAUGCAAGAUCCAGACCUGGCGAGAUUGAUACACCAUGGGAGACGUGGACCCCUGGCCGUGAGAACUGACCGGUUCACAUCCCUAGGGGAGGUGUUCGUGAAGGCGGGGCAGGAUCUGGGAUACGCCCAUACUGACACCAAUGAUGGAAACCAAGAAGGGUUCGGCUACGGGCAGUCGACGGUCAAGGACGGACGGAGGAUGAGUACGUCCAGGGCCUUCUUGUGGCCGGCCAUGACUCGACCUAAACUCCACGUCACCGUCAACGCACAUGUCACUAAGGUGUUGCUUGAGGACGGCCACGCCGUAGGUGUUCAGUACGUCCAGGACGACAGCGUGAGGACAGUGAGGGCCAGAAAGGAGGUCAUUUUGUCUGCUGGAGCUGUGGGGUCGCCACAUCUACUGAUGCUGUCAGGAAUAGGCCCCCGUAAACAUCUGGAAUCAAAAAAGAUUCAGGUGCACGCUGACCUCCCAGUUGGAGCCAAUCUACAGGAUCACGUGACCAUACCGCUUAGGAUAUUAACGAAGAGUAAAGUGUCGAUAUCACAAGCUCAAACCGACUCAAUAAUGACGUGGGUGAAAUAUUUCAUUUUCAAAACGGGUUAUAUGACAGCAAAUGGCGUAGAAGCAGCAGCAUUUCUGCGGACUAGUCCUGACCUGCCCGUCCCGGAUCUUGGUAUUGAAAUGUCGGUGAUGUGGCUUCAGCUGUCUUCCAUGAAGACUUUGUUCAACAUUGAUGAUCAGGUAAUCCGAGAAACGAAAUGGAGGCAAGGAGACGGAUUUCUGAUGUUUCCGAUGUUGCUAAAGCCACGAAGUUUUGGCCGUGUACGACUCCGUGACUCGAACCCCCUUGAAUACCCCUUGAUAGACCCAAACUACCUCUCACACCCAGGGGAAAUUAAGAUUCUCAUUAAAGGAAUUCGGACUAUUCAAAAACUCCUGAAGACAAACCCACUCCGUAAAGUUGGCGCCAAGCUGGAGAGCUCCCCCUUGUCUGUCUGCACGCAUCUCAAGUUCGACUCCGAUGCGUACUGGGAGUGCUACAUCCGGGGACUGACGGUGCCAUCCUCUCACCCGAGCGGCACGUGCAAGAUGGGCACAGCAGACGACCCAUUGUCUGUGGUAGAUCCACUGCUGAGGGUGAAGGGCGUGUCUGGUCUGCGGGUCGUCGACGCUUCCAUCAUGCCCACCAUCGUAUCCGGCAACACACACGCUGCCACCGUCAUGAUUGCCGAGAAGGCCGCGGACAUCAUUAAAGAAAAUUUGUAACGCGCAACAUUAGAAAAUGUUCCGUACUUUUAAACAAAGGCACUCCUAUCUUUGUGCAACAACGCUCAGUUACAAGGUUUACUCAGUCCUUCCAACAUAUGAUCUUGAUCCACUUGGGGUGGUGGGGUAGCCUAGUGGUUAAAGUGUUCGCUCGUCACGCCGAAGACCCAGGUUCGAUUUUCCACAUGGGUACAAUGUGUGCAGCCCUUUUCUGGUGUCCCCCGCCGGGAUAUUGCUGGAAUAUUGCUAAAAGCGGCGUAAAACUAAACUCACUCACUCAAAUGCACUCUUGACCCACUUAAACAAAGCGACCUUAAAUUAGCGCUAAGACGAUUGCAACUUCUUCAUUCAAUGUGACUUUAAUUGAUUCAAAGCUGUAUUUCGAUUGGUGUGUCUCCCGUUGAAUAUUCAUUCAAGUAUCCUCCUGGUUCUUUAUGCUUCCGUACUGUGUUUGACACAACCGCAUCCUUUCAUUAUCAUGCCGUGUUGAAGUAGGAGCACUGAUGCAUACAAGGUCGACUUACAUCUGUCUUGUGACAUCCACGAGUGAUCUUUUGUCAAGGUGCAGUUGGGUGGCCCAGCUUUUAAAGAGUUCGCUCUGUCACACCGAAAUACCGGUUUGAAUCCCAAAAUGGGUACAAUGCGACGAGCCCAUUUCGGAUGCCCCUGUCGUAAAAUGGCUGAAAUAUUGCUACAUGCUACCUCGGUCACCAACGACCUCAUCAGUGUUUGGUGAAAGAUUCAGGAUUUGAUUAAUGUACUGAGAUCUCUCAUACCACAUACACAAUAUUCAUCUUUGUAGAUCAUUAUGUUAUCAAAGGUAAUCACACAACGCCAAGAAAGAGGCUGAUAUGUUCAGGAAACGGUGGGGCAGCCAAGUGGUUAAAACGUUGGCUCGUCCCGCCGAAGACCCGGGUUCGAUUCCUCACAUGGGUACUAUGUGUGAAGCCCAUUUCUGGUGUCCCCCGCCGUGAUAUUCCUGGAACAUUGCUAAAAGCGGCGUAAAACCAAACUCACUCACUCACUCACUCAUCAUAUGUUCAGACGUUGUGCUGCCUUUGUUGUAACCUGCAUCUUCACAUUGGUGGUCUCUGAUUCAAUCUGGUUGUUACUUUACGCGACAUUUCUAUGCAAAGGAUGAAUGCGAGAGACAAUAUGUAGUGUGUGAAUGUUAUUACUGUACAUACAGAACGUCUGUCGGUAGAAAUAUUCCAAUUUGUAAAUAUCUUGUUUAUGUAAAUAAAUAGAAAAUAAAAAUAAUACCAGUA